AUCUAUACCAUUAUUAGCGGUCAAAACCGUCAGCCGCUCAGCGUUUGUUUGGUGCAUUGAUUAACUUUGAACAGUCGGUACAGUUCCUCUUGUGGUUGUACGAAAUAUUUUAUUUUCACUCGGAACGUCAACGUUUUUCACGUUCGUAAUUUCUCGUGUUUUCCGUGAUUUGUUUUCGCUCGUAACCAACGGAAAAACGAAAUCGUUUGCGAUCCUCAAUAGCGUGUCGAUUGCACGCUCGUGCAAUACGGCUAGGUUAAGUCUGCUUUAAUCUGUCGCACGAAAUGGAUCAGAAAACUCGUACCAAUAGUUUCACUACAUUCCAGACGCCGACAGCGGUGACCUGUCAAAUAUUCACAAGCCUAACAACGUCAGCCAUUGUUACACCGUCUUCCAGUAACUUCAUACAACUGACGUCUAGCAACUUAAGACCUAUCACCAAUUACACCCUCGUUGCUGGUUCACAAGUACCAAUCACACAUCAGUAUGUGGUCCAAUCAACCGCUCGAGCGAUCGGGCCCCAGUAUGUAAAUACUGGCAAUGUGAGGCAUAUUCUAUCAUCCAGUUCACAGCCAACAAACGUCUCUUACGUGUUACCGUCUGGUGCUCAUAUUGUCAGAAUGAAUAAUGUUACUACUAAUACAAUAGCUAGCGAAUCACAACAAAACACACAAUUCGUUCUUACAUCAAGUGCUCAUAAAGCAAAUCCUAGUAUAAUUUCUCCUUUAGGACCACAAUCUUUAAAAAAUCCGAUUUCAACUGCUGUAGACAACAAUUUGCCCAGAACUAUCGGGAUUACCACAUCAACAACUCCAAUUUUACAAAGAUCUGGCAUUAAUAUUCCUAAGUUAAACUCAGCUUAUUAUAGUCAAGUAAAAGGAAAUGAGGCCCCAAAAAUUGCCUUGAGACCUAAGUUAAAAGAACAAAAAGCUGGUACCAGUUUCAUAUUAGCAACAAAUUCAACAAACCGUACUAAAAGUGUUCCUAUAUCUAGUUUACAAAAGAUCAAUACAAAUUUUAUGCAAAUACCUUUUAUUCAAAAGUCUGGAACUGUACUUUCUACAAAUACUAUAAGGUCUAAUGUUGAUAAUCAACAUCAAAAAUCUCAGCACCAAUCAGUUCGUUCAGUUAUUUUACCAUCCAAUUUCCGAAAUGCUACUGUUACUUCUCAGCAAGGUACGGACUGUAAAUUAGUUCUGAACUCUGUCAAUAUACCAACACAAGUAUUAAAUGCAAAUGAUAAUAGACCUUCUACAUCAAGUAUUCAAUCACUCAAUACAAAUUACAUGCAGGUUCCAAUAUCUCAAAAAUCUGGAACUAUACUUACUCGUGGUAACUUACAGCCAAAUAUCGAAAAUAAUAUUCGCAUCGGACAACAGCAUCCAACUAUUCGUUCAGUUAUUUUACCAGCAGGCUAUCGACCUAUGGUGUCAUCACAACGAAGAGGAGUGGAUUAUAGAUUUAUAUUAAAACCAGUGUUAAAAAAUAUGCCAUCCCCUCGAUAUCCUUUUCCACGAAAUUCUUCAGAGCAAAAUGCUUCACCUAGACUAACUUCUCAAUCCAUACACCCGACUCCACGACCAACUCGUUGUCCUUUACCUCGUCCAUCAGACCCUAAUGUAAAAACUGAAAUAAUUGCUAGUAACGAUAUCACACCAAUUCCAUUAAGAAUAAGGACUUCUCAAUUAAUUAUUUCAGAAGAUUCUGUACAAACAUGUAUAGAUGAAAUAAAUAAAAGAAAACGUGUAGCUGAUAAUCCACCUUUAAGCUUAGAUGAACCAGCAAUACAACUCGUACAAAUUGAAGUUACCUUCAAAUUAUUUCAUUUAAUUAGGGAAUGUAAAAAAGCUCAAGUAAAAUCCCGUUCAAAUAUCUUAACUGAAGAUUGUGUCAGACAAAUAUGUACCCAAUACUAUGAUUUGUUUUAUGGUAACAAAUUAUGGCCUUUGUUCUGCUCACAUAACGAUGAAGAAGAUGAAAACAAAACUUGGAUGAGAAAACAUAACAAUGUUAAUCUUUUGGGAUGGGUAAAACAUUCAAAGUUUCAAAAGUUAAGCUAUAUUAAAAAACGUUUCACAAAUGAAUUUUUGAACUUUAAAUUAAAGUUACCAGACAAACUAAAAACCUCGGAGGUGAUGUAUGAAAGCAUGCCACAACUUCUAAUAAACAAAUCAGAAACAUUUACUAAAAAAGUAUUUCAAUCUAUGAAAAAUAAUCAAGUUUCACUUAAUUCAAGCGCAUUACCUAAAGAUAAGGAUAAUGAUGAAAAGUCUACGCAGAAAAUAAAUAUGGAUUUGGACCUACCCCAAGCAAAUCAAAUACCAUCAAUACUAUUGCAUUCUAAUAAAUAACUGUUCAUAUUUAUUGUUAACAAUUAAUUAAGAGGUAUUCUUUUGAUGAUUUGAAACUAUAAUGACUUAUACUUUUUAGUUUAGUUUGAUGUAUUAUUUAUAAAUAAUUUAAUAAUUGAUUUAUAUUUAAAUAAUUGUAUUCUACCAUAGUUUAGUUAUCUU